AUGGCAGCAGCAACUAUUUCUAUAGAACAAGACCAGUUCUGUUGUUCGGUGUGCCUCGAGAUCUUAAGAGACCCGGUGACGAUCCCGUGUGGACACAGCUACUGCCUGAACUGCAUUGAAGAUUACUGGAACAGAGCCAAGCAGAAAGGACAGUACAGCUGCCCUCAGUGCAGACAAGUGUUUAAUCCAAAACCUCUGCUGAGUAGAAACACAGUCCUGGGAGAAGUGGUGGAACAGUUACAGCAGACAGGAAUCCAAGCUGUAGCUCAGCACCUGUCCAAACCAGAGGAGGUGACAUGUAGCGUGUGCACGGUGAGGAAAAGCAAAGCUGCUAAAUCUUGCGUGGUGUGUUUGGAGUCGUACUGUGUGCCUCACCUGAAGGUCCACGAUGAGCGCUUUCACGGGAAGGCCCACAUGUUGAUACCAGCUUCAGAUCAGCUGAAAGAGAAGCUGUGUCCGCAGCACGACAAACUCCUGAGGCUGUACUGUCGCACAGACCAGCAGUGUGUGUGUUCACAGUGUGUAAAAGGGAGACACAAGGGCCACGAUGUAGUCACUGUGGCAGAUGAGAGAGCAACACAACAGAAAAAACUCCAGGAAUCGUCUUUGAAGUCUCUGCAGAAACUGAAGGACGCAGAAAAGGAGCUCAGAUAUGUUGUGAAAUACAUAAAACACUCCACAGAGGCGGUGGUGGAGGAGAGUGAGAGGAUUUUCUCCAAGCUCAUCCGCUCCAUUGAGAAGCAGAGCAACGAGGUGAAGGAGCAGAUCAGAGGGCAGCAGAGAGCGGCUGUCAGUCAGGCUGAGGAGCUGCUGGAGAAGAUCCAGAGGGAGAUGAUGGAGCUGAGGAGGAGCGACGCUGAGCUGGAGAAGCUCUGUCGCCAUGAGGACCACCUCCAAUUUCUGCAGAAGUGCAAGUCUCUUCCCUUCCCUGUGAGGAGUGUGGAGAUGCCAAGCACCGAUGCUCUUCAGUAUCUGAUGUAUAAAACCAUGAGAGGAGCUCUGGCUGACCUCAAAGACAGUCUGGAUGAAACUCUUGUAAAAGACUUUGACAGAAUCUCUGAGAAGGCUAAAGAGGCAGACAUGUCCUACAACACAGAUCCAAAAACAAGAACUGAUUUCCUACAAUAUUACAGUGAAGUAACCCUGGACCCGAACACCGCAAACCCUUUUCUAUCCUUCUUCGAUGGUCGCAGAGGGGUGACUACACGCUUGGACCCUCAACCCUACCCGGACCACCCGCAUCGCUUCACCAGCUGGGCUCAGGUGCUGUGCAGAGCCGGCAUGGCGGGACGCUGUUACUGGGAGGUGGAAUGGACCGGGAAUGGAGGAGUUUCCAUCGGCGUCUGCUACAAACACAUGAAUAGGAGCGGAGGAGGGAGCGACUGCAAGCUCGGACACAACUCCAAAUCCUGGAGCCUGGACUGCUCUACCUCAUUAUGUUCGUUUCAGCACAAUAAGGAGAGUGUGACCAUCGCUGCUGUAGGUUACAGCAGGAUAGGGGUGUAUCUGGACUUCAGGGCGGGGACUUUGUCUUUCUAUAAUGUCACUGAUUCGAUGGUUUUACUCCACAGAGUCAAGGCAGUGUUCUCACAGCCUGUAUACCCAGGAUUCUGGGUGGGGUUGGGUUCUACGAUGAAGCUGUGCUCCCUUUAA